ACGCAAAAACAGGAGAGCGGAAGUCGGGCAGGAUCAAUGAGGCAGCGUCAGUGUGAUCAGUGUCCUUAUGGAGAGCAGUCUGGGACGCGUUUUGUUAGCAGCCGCCACGCUUGGCUGUGGUAAUAGAAUAGCCCGUGUAAUUUGACACUUCAACUUGCCGUGCUCUACGCUAGUUGAUUCAGGCAGAGUCGCACUCCGGUGAAAUCCUUCUGCGCGUUUUUCCUGACUGUUUUUGCAGAGGAGACGGAAAACAAGAAACGAUAGUCUAGCCUGCGCUGCUCGGGCUGAGGCGCAGAGGGGUUUGCGCUCGGAUCAGAGCUGAAAGUGCGCUGGAGGCCGGUGUAGCUCCGAGCAGGGACAGAAGGAGCUUCCCCGCCGACUCUAUGAAGGGAGGGGAGGGGGAGGGGGGGGCAAGUCACCACACCACAGGCCUGCACUGCAAACAGAUCAGCUCUAUGAUUGAUGAGGAUAUACGAGUGGAUUUGCUAAACACUAAACAAAGAAACCUACUGCGUCCUCUGAGAGAAGAACUUUAAUGGCUUCCAGGUAGAGAGAAAGAGACAGCAAUCAAGAUGAAUUCGAUUCCUUCGAUGGACAGGCAUAUACAGCAGACCAAUGACAGACUGCAGUGUAUCAAACAGCACUUACAGAACCCGGCCAAUUUUCAGACAGCAGCUACAGAGCUGCUCGACUGGUGUGGAGACCCGAGAGCUUUCCAGAGGCCCUUUGAGCAAAGCCUGAUGGGAUGUCUGACGGUGGUGAGCCGUGUUGCCGCACAGCAGGGUUUUGACUUGGACCUGGGCUACCGGCUCCUGGCUGUGUGUGCAGCCAACCGGGACAAGUUCACCCCAAAGUCAGCAGCACUGCUGUCAUCCUGGUGCGAGGACCUGGGUCGGCUCCUCCUGCUGCGGCACCAGAAGAAUCGGCAGAACGAAACCCCAGGCAAAGUGCCUAUGCAGCCACCCAUGAACUCUAUGAAGCCCUCGCUCUCCCAUGGUGAUGGGUCCUUUCCGUACGACUCCGUUCCCUGGCAGCAGAGUGCCAACCAGGCCCCAGGCUCACUAUCAGUGGUGACGACUGUGUGGGGGGUGACCAAUACAUCACAAAGUCAGGUGUUGGGCAACCCCAUGGCUAACUCCAACAACCCCAUGAACCCCGGAGGCAAUGGAAUUGGGUCUGGCAUGUCAGCCAACAACCCAGGGCUGAACUCCCCUCAGUUUCCUGGCCAACAACAGCAGCAGCAACAGCAGUUCUCAGCCAAAGGUGGCUCCAACCAGGCCUACAUGCAGCAGGGCAUGUACGGGCGAGCAGGGCAUCCUGGGGCUGGAGGAUUCAGCGGGAGUUACCCGGGUGGUCCGAAUGCUCCAGGUGGCAUAGGCAUGCCCCCUCACACUCGGCCUCCGUCCGACUUUACCCAACCUGCCGCCGCUGCCGCUGCCGCUGCUGUCGCCGCCGCCGCCGCCACUGCAACAGCCACUGCCACGGCAACUGUGGCUGCCCUACAGGAAACCAACAAGGACAUGAACCAGUAUGGACAGAUGUGCUCAUCGUUUCAGAUGGGCCCUGCGCAGGGCUAUAACAACCAGUUUAUGAAUCAGCCCGGACCCCGGGGGCCGCCAGCCAUGGCAGGAGGCAUGAACCCAGCUGGCAUGGGUGCUGGCAUGAACAGCUCCAAUAUCAGUGGCCCUCCAAUGGGCAUGAACCAGCCCCGGGCACCAGGAAUGGGGCCGUUUGGAGCCCACGGCCAAAGGAUACAACAGCAAGGAUAUGCAGGCCCCAGACCUCAGUCCAUGCCAAUGCAGGGCACAAAGCGGCCCUAUCCUGGAGAGCCCAACUAUGGGGGACAGCAAUUUGGACCUAAUGGCCAGUUUCCCAAUCAGCAAGGACAGUACCCAAACCCUAACGCCUCCAGAGCCCUGCCUUCUCCCAGUUACCCCGGCCAGAGGAUGCCAGGCCAGCAGGGCGCAGGCCAGUACCCGCCUUCAGGGGUACCCAUGGGCCAAUACUACAAGCAGGAACCAUUUAAUGGCCAAAACAACAAUUUCUCCGGAGGUAGUUAUGGCUAUAAUCAAGGCAGUGGGCCUCCGCGGCAGGUUGUGAACUAUCCUCAUUCACCUGUUCCUGGGAAUCCCACACCACCCAUGACUCCAGGAAGCAGUAUCCCUCCAUACCUAUCGCCCAACCAGGACGUCAAGCCUCCGUUUCCUCCUGAUAUGAAACCGAAUAUGACGUCUCUGCCUCCACCACCAGCUAACCCCACUGAGGAGCUGCGGCUGACCUUCCCCGUACGUGACGGCGUGGUGCUUGAGCCGUUCAGACUGGAGCACAACCUGGCUGUCAGUAACCACGUCUUCCACCUGCGGCCCUCUGUUCAUCAAACACUCAUGUGGAGGUCUGACCUGGAGCUGCAGUUUAAGUGCUACCACCAUGAGGACCGGCAGAUGAACACGAACUGGCCAGCGUCGGUGCAGGUCAGCGUUAAUGCCACGCCACUCACCAUCGAGAGAGGAGACAACAAGACAUCCCACAAACCCCUGCACCUGAAGCAUGUGUGUCAGCCAGGAAGGAACACCAUCCAGAUUACUGUCACAGCCUGCUGCUGUUCUCACUUGUUCGUGCUGCAGCUGGUGCACAGGCCGUCAGUGAGAUCCGUCCUGCAGGGCCUGCUCAAGAAGAGGCUCCUGCCAGCAGAACACUGCAUUACCAAAAUAAAGAGAAAUUUUAGCAGUGUCGCAGCGUCCUCUGGGAACACGACACUGAACGGAGAGGAUGGCGUGGAGCAGACAGCCAUCAAAGUGUCACUUAAGUGUCCCAUAACGUUCCGGCGGAUCCAACUUCCAGCCCGGGGACACGACUGCAAGCAUGUGCAGUGUUUUGACCUGGAGUCCUACCUGCAGCUGAACUGUGAGCGAGGGACGUGGAGAUGUCCUGUAUGCAAUAAAACCGCAUUACUGGAAGGUCUGGAAGUGGACCAGUACAUGUGGGGAAUUCUCAAUGCCAUCCAAAAUUCGGAGUUUGAGGAGGUCACUAUUGACCCUACAUGUAGUUGGCGGCCGGUGCCCAUAAAGUCUGACCUGCACAUAAAGGAGGAUCCAGAUGGCCCUCUGGCCAAGCGCUUUAAAACCAUGAGUCCCAGUCAGAUGAUCAUGCCUAACGUGAUGGAUAUGAUUGCUCAGCUGGGGCCAGGACCCUCACCCUACACCUCCCUCCCCCCUCAGCAUGGAGGGAACAACACAGAGUACACCAGCCAAGGCAACAGUUACCAGGGCCAUGGAAACUUUGACUUUCCACACAGUAAUUCUGGUGGAGGAGCUCCAAUAAAUGACUUCAUGCACGGCCCUCAGCUUUCGCACCCUCCGGAUGUACCCAACAACCUCAUGGGCCCUGACAAACCUCUGAGCCACGGCAUGACCGACUCGAUGCCUCAUCCUGUGAGUGCUGAGCAAUCCCAUGCUUCCAUGCCACCAGGAAUGCACGUAUCGCCCCACCCCAACAGCCAAUCUGCACAGCCAUUACAUCACAGCGGCCCUUCAUCUGGCCCGCCCCCACGCCAAGCCCCGCCCCCACAGCAGCAACAGCCUGGCCCCAACAGCCACACGCAUGGAGACAUGACCUUUAACCCUGGUGCUGAGGGCCAGGUAGGCGGUCAGGGAGCAGCAGACAUGCCCGAGCCCUCUCUCGAGCUGCUGCCCGAGCUGGCCAACCCAGAUGAGUUACUGUCAUAUCUGGACCCCCCGGACCUCCCAAGCAACAGCAAUGAUGAUCUGCUCUCCCUCUUUGAGAACAACUGACUUCCCUAACCCACCUUUACCCGAGGCACUGACAAGUUCAGCUGUCAGGAGUCAAGCAGAGCCCUGACCACCAAUUUAGUACUUUACAACCGCGAAACACUCGUCCUCCCUCUGCCUCUACUUGUGUAAAUAUCUCACUCUUUUACGGACGUCCUUUUUCCACACAUGUAUGGCAGCCAUGUUGGUUGGCACUAAAGUGAUAUUUCAAUACUAAUAUGAAAAAAAAAACUGUGCAGCUAUAAUCAUAAGAAUAUAUGUCACACAGAACUGUAUGUGUGCUCACUAGGAAAGUGUUGUAGCAUUUUUUAAUUCAGAUUUUUUUCCUUUUGUGAAAAGCAAGACCUGAAUAGAAAAAAAAAAUACUUCCUGUACUGGCUUAUGUGUGUGUGUCCCCUGAGCAUUCUGAGGUUUGUUCUUCCAAGCUUUAUGUCCAUAGCUUCCCAGAUCUCCAUCUAGUGUUUUUGACUGGAUGUGUCCUCACUGUAUGUCAGAGGUCCCUUGGAAAAAGCACAACAACAUUCAGCAGAACUGCAGCAGGAAGACCUGAAAAGGAGAACAUCACAGGAGCAAAAGGCUGCAUCACAGUCACUGAGAGGUUUAGCAUCCUAGCGAUGCGGUACUCCCAUCUCACAGACUAAUGCCAGGCCUCCGCAGUCCUCUGGAGCUCAUGUGGAACGUGUGAUGUGUGGGAAUCCCCUUCAGAUCGGCAUAUCAUAUCUCAUUUUGUCCAUCAUAUUCACUCAUGAGUGUUGUAUUCAAAUCAAAACAUGUUCCCGAGGGCAUUGUGACAAUUCAUUUCACUGUUUUUUGUAGGAACACCAACAUAUCGAUACUGUAUGUGUGAUGACGUGCGUCAAUAACCAGCACUGUACCUCCUUCACAAAUCUCUCCAUCUCAGAGUACUGUGCAAUCCAAGUCAGUGGGCAACACAAUUCAUUUUUGUAACGUAAGAAGUAAUGCAAUCACUUUUUAAAGAGUAGUUUGAGUGUUAAAACAUCCGUAUGCUCUGUCAGCUGUCUCUUCUGGGAGGCUUUCCCCAUUUAAUGCAUGAGCUUUGUCCCUCCCAGGCCUGUGAUGUCAUGAAUAACAAGAACUCCAUGUGUGCAUACAGUGUGUUCAUUGUGCACUCGUGCCAAUCCCACGUUGUUUUAGUGACUGAACCAAGUGUAGACUGAUUUUCCUUUUUAAAUCGGUGCGUUCAGACGUGUUCCUCUGUCCUGUUUUUAAUCAUUUGAAACAUGAACUAUGAUCAUGUAAGGACUACGUUUGUUAUGCGCAAUGUAUUGUUCAUGAUAUAAUUCCUGUUUUCCCCCGUUGUUGUAACUCUUUAAAUGUACAGUGUAUGUGCGUUUAUUACAAAAUGGCCAUGUAUUACCAAAGUUCUGCGUAGUGAUUGGAGGAGAUGGCCCAAACCUGUCGUACCGAGAUAAUAAUCUUCUUUUGAGAUGGUUAAGCAUGUGACACCUUCACUUCCACCAGUGCAUUCACAAAACAAUAUAAUUAUCACAUAGUAUUGUAUGGUAGAAUAUUUUUAUGGUCUUUUUAUGGUAGAGGUUACACGUCUGUGUACAGGUCGACAUGAUCUGUUUUGUUUUUAUUCCCAUAAGCCCCUGAAAGAGUCUCAGAAACAAUAUUUUCCCCAUGAGGCCCAACUCAAGGCCUCGUCAAAAAGGAAACCACUUUCCACAUCAGAUUACUGUUUCAGAGUUGUUGUAUGAAGAAACACAAAAUAUAAAUUCAACACAAUAGGAGCUGCAAAUAAAUAUGCAUUAGUCCUCACUUAUUUAAAUUCUGUUAAUCAUCAGAAUGUACUGUAUGUUAUUUGCUUCAAGUUUUAUUUUCUUUCCAGUUGGUGCUCGAACAAUACAGUCACUUGUUCGAGCUUCACAAAUGCAAACAGCUGAAUACCGUUCAAAAUGUCUUUUAUUUUUCAAUGUUCAUUUCCAUUUUAAGUUAUUUUGUAUCACAGACUUUUGGUGUUCGGUUAUGAAUGGACCUUACGUUCAUUGCUGACACAUUUUAAGUCCUUUUAAACAGGUAAAUGUGCUUUAGCCCGUAGCCCCAGUUGAUUUGUAAUUCACUUGUAUGGUUGGUUGUUUUUUUGUGUUUUUUUUUUUUUUAACUGAUGCACUGCCAUGUUAUUGUUCUUACUUUGUAGACACCUACAAACAGAAACUGAACUGAACUGAACUCUCCACUUGCACAUUGGUUACACUGCAGGUUGUUGAGACAAGUCCCUGUUUUAGACCUGUCACUUACGGUAGCUGUACAGUUAUUGAAGAAGGAAGUGAGUCGGUGUUGAGACAGUUACAGUGAAAUGAAUUCGACGCUGUUUGUACCUGAUUCAGCCACAGGUCUCAGUGGGAAAUGGUUUUGAAAGAACGCCCAAGCAGGGGACAAUAAGGGAUGCAUGUACAUAUGUAAAUGACAAAUAGAGACACGUUAACAGAAAUGUAUUCAUUUUCCCCAGGGGAAUGUGCAUUGUGUAUUUAGAAUUUGUAAAGCUUGCAACCUCCUAUCAGACUCGAAUUGGGUAAAAUGAAUCUGUGUUUGUUAGCGUCUGUGGAACCUCUUUCCAUUUUUCUGUUCUUUCGUUUCACUUAUGUAAAAUAUUUCCAACGCCUCCUAGAAAAGGGGAAUUAUGGGGGCAAAGAGACACACUUGUUUCACCUUUGUGUAAUUAGCUUCAGUGUAUUGCUUCAUUACCUGUGUACUCUAUAAGGUGCUACAAAAGAUGAAGAAAAUCCUGGGGAAUAAUUUGGAGGAUGGGGCAUGGGGCCUGGAGUGGUUCCAAAAGAUUGUAACCAAAUUAAUAGUUUGUACAAUUUUGAUAUCACGAUCAGAGAGAGAAAAAAAAAGGUACAAUCUGAGGUGAUUGGCGCCUAAAGUGGCAGUUGUCUUUUUUGUUUUGUACAUUCUGUGUACAAUCAUUUCAUAUUCUAAACUGUUCGGAAGAAAAAAAAACUAAUUGUGAUUUUUAGUCUUGCAAAACUGUAUGUAGUUAGAUGCUGUGACAUCCUAAUAUUUAUCUAAUAAAUAUGUAUUCAGAUGAAACAUA